CAAACCCAUCCACAACCUUCAACUCGUUUCUCUCUCUAGAACUACUCUCAAUCCUCUCUCUCUCUAGAAAUCAGGACCACACCUUUUUAGUGUCUCUCUGUUUCUUUGAAGAAAUUGAAAGGAAGAAGUCAUGAUGGUUGGGAAAGAAGAUCUGGGAUUGAGUCUCUGUUUGGGAUUGAGUCAAAAUCAGCAUUCUCUACAGCUGAACCUCAAUCCUCCUGUGUUCCAAUCCUCUGCUUCUUCCUCCAAACCGUCUUGGAGCAACACUUUUCCUUCAUCAGAUCGAAACCCCGAUUCAUGUCGGGUCGAUAACCGAUCGUUUCUCCGGGGAAUCGACGUGAACCGGCUACCUUCUACUGGCGAUUGCGAGGAGGAAGCCGGAGUUUCCUCUCCCAACAGUACUAUUUCGAGUAUAAGCGGAAAGAGAUGCGAGAGAGAAGCGAAUGGAUCGGAGGACCUCGAAAUCGAGCGAGAUUGUUCUCGGGGAAUCAGUGACGAAGAAGACGGCGAAAACUCGAGGAAGAAGCUCAGGCUGUCCAAAGAUCAGUCAGCUAUUCUCGAAGAGAGCUUCAAAGAACAUAACACCCUCAAUCCAAAACAAAAACUGGCGUUGGCUAAGCGGCUGGGGCUCAGACCUAGACAGGUGGAGGUCUGGUUUCAGAACAGAAGGGCAAGGACUAAGUUGAAGCAAACUGAAGUUGAUUGCGAGUUCUUGAAGCGAUGCUGCGAGAAUCUGACGGAGGAGAACAGGCGGUUGCAAAAAGAAGUACAGGAGCUAAGAGCACUGAAGCUCUCCCCGCAGUUCUACAUGCAGAUGACGCCUCCCACCACUCUAACCAUGUGCCCCUCAUGUGAGCGUGUGGCGGUCCCACCACCCUCAUCUGCUGAUCCACGGCCGCCUCACCAGAGGGCCACCGUACCCAUCGGCCCAUGGGCCUCGUCUGUUGCCGUUCCUCAUGGUCCCUUCGAUGCACUCCGGCCCAGAUCGUAAAUAUGGUAGUGGUUUGAGGGCAAUUCAGUCAUCCGAAUUAAAAUAACAUCUUAAGAGACUUGGUUGGGAGUGUGUACGGAUUCAAGGGGGCAGGAAAACGGUUGUAAUAGCGUACCAUUUCUUUUUUCCUUUAUGUUGAAAGUCUGUCGGUCUAAGAUUUAUGGUGGUUACAACGAGAUUUGGUGGGUCUGACUUGUUUUGUAGUAUUUGACCCGUUAAUGUUUUAGAAUAGCAAAUUCGUCGUCGUAUUAACUUGACUUGUACUGAUAAUUUAGUAGUAGUUGUUGUUGCUCAGCUCCUGAACUUGGAGACUCAGAAGAUGUAAAUUGUCAUAUGUUUGAUUAUGUUAACUAAGUUGAGGAAGUCCCUGUGUUCUAAUA